GCUUCAGGCAAGCAAGAGCGCUCAGAUUGCAGCCUCCGCUACUGCAGGUAAUGGUUCAGCCAUCGAACACUCACUUGGCCAUCUAGAAAAUAUUAUCAACGACUCACAUGAGCUGUCGAAAAACAACUUCUUUUUUAGCAAAUCAACUAUACAAUCUAAACCGCCGCUGAAGCCACUAUCCGCUACCCUAGUGACCAGUAUUCUAUGAACCAUGAAAGGUUUGCCGUCUCCCUAUGAGAAACGAUAUUACUGCUUACCACAAACCAAAACUAGCUCGUCGUCCUAUUUUUCUUUCCUCCUAUGCUACAAGUGAUCUGCAAUUGGUCGAGAACCUCUGUCAAAGUGGCUAUUCUAUAACGAGGCAGGCGUCAGUCGGUCAAAUUGCCUCCAUGCAUGGAGUCCUAUUCUUUGUUGUCAAAGAGCUCAUAGUGAUGAACGCUCAGCUCUGUCAGAGCUUUGACCUCUUUAUCCAUCUGGCUCACUGCGAGCAAAUCUUUAUCGCAGCGAUUGAAACUUAUGAUGUGCUUGUCGUUCCAAGCUUCGAAAACAUUCUGGCAUUGACAAUGGGUAUGCUCAAGGCUCAGGGUGAAGCAAAACCUUCAUUAUUCUGGACACUAGUUUCUGCCGCUGCAACCCAGUGCCAAUCGCUUGGAUAUCACCGUGAGACCACCUAUGAAAACAUCGUGUCUCGUAAGGCAGAUAACAUUCGGCGGUUAUUUUGGACCGUAUACAUCUUCGAUAAAUACAUGUCUCUUUUACUAGGUCAUGUGUCUAAUUUCGAGAGUCUCAAAAUCGACGCGCGACAUCCUGCGGUUCCCACCGACCCGGCUCUCCGACCAUGGGAUGAAACUUUUCUUAUGGGAAUCAAAAUGGCUGAGCUUCAGGAUCGGAUCUUUACCUGUCUCUACUCACCUGCAACCUCGAUCAAAGUUCCAUGCGAACGAGCACGAUUUAUUAGUGACCUUGCAUCUGCAAUGGAGCAAUGGCAAUUUGAAUUGAAGCAGAUUAAUUCGGAAGGGGUCGAUAAUCCUCAGGUCUUGAACAUGUCCAGAGGAAACUGGGACAUCUCAUUCUAUUCAACCUUGACGCUGCUUUUCCAUGCAUCCUCAACCACCGAAACAGGGAUACAAAUCAGCUCUCAAUGUUUCAAUGCAGCCCGUAAUAGCUUGCUUGCUCAUCUCGACUGCUUUCCACAGUACCAAAAAUCCAAACUUCUUUCCGACGGCGAAUACUUCAAUUGGAUCCUUCUCUUCUCAUCCUUCACCCCAUUCCUUAUAAUAUUCCUCCACGCCAUCUCCACAAAAGACACAGCGAGUGUCACACUCCUCACCCAAGUGCUCGCCACGUUCGAAAAUUUCCGACAGGCCUAUCAGAGUUCAGAACGGCUGUACGAAAUAUGCGCGACUUUUACACAAAUUGCCGACAAACUGGUCCAUUCACAGCGCUCGUCCAUAGGCAUCUACGACCAAUAGGAUGACUCGCUCAGACUGUCGGAUCUUCCAGAAGGCACGUCUAUCUUCCAUCCCGAGAUGUUCCAGGAUGUAUUUGGAAUCGAUGACAUGAAUCGGGCCACUUCGUUACAUGCCACCGAUGUUUUGAAUGAUUGGUUCAGUGGACAGCCUUUUUUGUGGAAUAGAUUCGAGUGGGAGUUU